AAGUGAAAAUAAAUGCCAGAAGAGGACACCCUCCCCGAAAGGGAAAACUAGCUGCUGUUUCAUAUCAUAUACAAGAGUUCUUCCAGUCUUCCAUUGGUAUAUAUAUUUCAGUGAUGCUGUGCCUGGUCCUAUUUUUCGCUGCACUUGGGUCAAUCAUUUUGUAUAUUCAGGAAUCAAAAACAACAUCUACGCUACUAAAAGCAUUUAAGACUAUUAAGGAUUUUAUUAUCAUAAAGGAACCAUCUCUCAAAGGCAAAAAUGAUUCUGAAAUAUUUCGUGAAACUCAGAAGUUAGCAGAUGAACUGGUUGGAUGGAUCUCCAAGGUGAAUGAAAUACAAGCUGCGAUUGAUGACAUUAAGAAAAAGCUUCAUCUACAGUGGGUGCCAUAUAAAGAAACCUUGUAUUUAUUUGAAGACAGAGUAAAGCCAUGGCACAGAGCAACAAAAUUUUGUGAGAGUGAAAAAUCCGUGCUGAUUUCUAUUGAAAGUCUUGAAGAGGAGGAGUUCCUGGAAAAAGAAAUUAAUUUUGCACAUCAAGACUCCUGGAUUGGACUCCAUUAUAGUAAAGGGAAAUGGCGAUGGUACGAAGGUGUAAAUGUUGGAAGCACUUUCUGGAAGACAGGUCAGCCAAACAAUUUAGAUCAUGAACUGUGUGUCGUAUUAAAAGCGUAUUGCUCUAGCCCCCGAAAAUGUUGGGACAACAUUCCCUGUGAUAAAGAAAAACGGUGGAUAUGUAAGAAGAAGCCUGACAAAAGGUGGUACACAUGA